AUGGACGGUUCAAGCCUGCGAAAGUCAUGGUAUAACGCGCUCGACGAUGCGCAGGUCACAUUCCGGCGUCAUCUCCAGUCCGCCUCUUCCUCUGAAUGGAAGCGCGUCCCCGUACCUGUACCAGCGGAGCCUUCCAUACGAUCCAAAGGGAAAAGCAGAUCAAUACUUCCCGAACUCACUGAUGUGCACGUACAUCGCAAGGCCGGCAAGAGCGAAGAGGCUACUUGGCGCUGUGUACUCGAGCUACCUACCGGCUCAGAUUCGCUCUCAUUGGAUGCCUGGAAAUCUGUACUGUCUACUCCCGAACUACGUAGGGAAUGGGAUCCGGCAGUGGAGAGCGCGCAACUCGUGGAAAUGUUUGACCCCUCGACGCGUGUGGCGAAGACAAUGUUUACUCUGGGGUGGCCUGCAAGCCCACGCGAUGCCGUGACAAUCUCGCGCACGUUCAACGAUGCAAACACGGUCAUCGACAUAUCGACUUCUCUACCCCGCUCUCCGGACGAGCCAACCUAUCUACGACCCAAUCCACCGUAUGUUCGCUCGCACGUCAAACUCUUCGGAUGGUGUAUACAGCACAUCUCUCCCAACGGGACUGGAGAUGAGACCGCUUCGAUGCGCACUGCGGUUCCCUCCCGCUUACGCAUCACCUGCUUCUGGCAACACGACCUACGCGCGAUGUUCAACUUCGGCUCGAAUGCGAGUAUGGCGCAGCAACUGGCAUCAAUGGUGCUCGGACUGUUCAAGACCGUGCUUAAGCGCCGCGCUCGGGUGCCGAUCCUAACGGGAUAUGGCAACGGCGUUUCCAUCGAGCGAAGCCGCUUCGACAUCGACCGAGAGGCGCUUAUUUUGAACUACUCCAUCAUUCCCGAAGACGAGGACCAUUCAACACCGGCGGCAGAAGCAGGACUAGAAGAUCUGCAUGCCCUACGCGAGCAUCGGCGUCUGACCCGCGCUGUAGAGUUCAGCGUCCCUAUCACCGAAGGCUGGGACAUCCAGAUCCACACGUCCGCCUCUUCUUCUGAGGUUGCGCAACUACCCUGGACAGCACGAGCGUUCCGUAGUAGCGAUCUUCCCACGCCCUCUACAUCGACUGCCGAGGACCCGUUCGCAGAUCGACAGGAUGUCACGCUCUGCGUCAGCCAUGCAGAAUUGCCAGACCAUCAUUCGAUCCUCAAAGUCUCGGUGACGAUCGAGCUCUCCGGUCCCUCUAGCGGGCUGAGGCUGAACGGCAUCCCGCAUCCGGUCGAAAUGGUGGAGGAGCGGACGCCACAGUCGUACUUCAUGUCGCAAUCCAUGCUCCAGGAUGCGACGAGCACCGCAGAUAUGAGCUUCCGCACGGCAUCUUCGACCGCCACGAGUGGGAGUGGAUCUAUAGGUUCGGGAUCACAAACCCCUAUUCGUCCAUCUCUUGGUCGUACGCUCACCAACCGGGGCGUCGCGAUGGAGAAGUCGAUCCUCAGCCGCGUGAGGCGUAACUACAUCUACUUUUCGUCGCUAUUGCAGGAGCCCGAGGCCAAAUGGAGACGAACAACGGAAGCGCGCGGGGUCUCUAUCACGCAGCUCGACUCCAUUGACCCGACACUAGUCGUUUAUCGUGCAGAAGCUACCUUUGUCGGUCUUGGGAUCUGGGAUCUUUUUGCCGCCAUCAACUCUCCUGGAGUGCGAGCCUACUGGGAUAAGCAGCACGAAGGCGCAACGCUACUUGAGGAUGUUAACGAGCUCUCCGAGUUGUGGCACCACAAGUUCAAACCGGCGUGGCCUAUCAGUGCGCGCGAUGCUGUCCUACUCAAGACCGUCUACAAAUCACCAAACACAGUCCACGUCUUCUCAUUCUCCGCAGACGACCCAAACCUCUUCCCAAACAUCCCUCCACCAGAUCCAGCCGCCAUCCGUAUGCAAGUUGACCUACAAGGCAUCGCCAUCGAAGCACUCUCUCCCACCACAACCCAACUCGUCUUCCUCGAGCAGAGCGACCCGAAGGGCUGGACAAACAAGACUUCCAUACCCCAACAGAUGAUCUCCGCACUAGCCGGAGUCGGCGAGUUCACUAUCCGCUGUGGUGGUCCACCGAUGGCAACACGGCUGGCUGGAGCCAAGAUGAACGACGUGAAGUACGACCACGAACGAGGCCAGUUCAAGAUCGAGUACGAGGUUGCCGAUUCGAGGCGGCCGAGUACGACAGAUGCCAGUGACGGUGCAGAUGCGGACGCAGUAGCGUCAAGCGCCACCAACCCGCUCGUUGAACUCGAGCUGCGCUGCGACAUCGACACAUGGGCUCAAUCGCUUGAUAUAGUGGUUGACCCGCCACCGCAGGGUAUACUGUGUUUCCGCCGACAUCGACUGAGCGCUGGCGGAGGUGGUCUGUGGUUGACGCUCACACAUGAUGCGGUGCUUGCGGGCGACGAGCGCUUGAUGGCGGUCGUGAGACGCGCGCCCGGUCGCGAGCGAGGCGUGGUGAUGGUGAACGGAGCGCGCGUAACCGUUGAUGUGGAGGAGUUGCCGGAGGCGGAGAUCAAGAGCCUGAGCAAGCAGAAGCGCGUCAAGCCCGCGCGUAUCCCGCUCGAUCAACCUCCCGUCCUCGGCGUCAUUCGCCAACGACGUUUCGAUGAAGAGCCCGACAAAGAGGGAGCGGCGGGCAAGCCACCAUCUUCACCCACUUCAUCCUCGCCGCUCGCGAAGGACGUACCCUCGGCGAUCAAUACUGUCAAGGCGAAUGGCGCGGGUACUUGGGCUGCCCCGCGCUUCCCGAGUCCGCUCGGGCGUUACUUCACCUUCGCAGCGGAACAGACUCAGCAGGCCGUCGCGGCCAUCUCUCCAACUGCGAGCGGUGACGAUGGACCACCUCCUGAACGCGCGCCGAUGCAAGCAGCACUCGAAGCUCUAUCUUUUGUCCGCGACGCCUACGCUAAGCCCGCAGCUGAAGCGGAUGGAUGGGCACCGGUACCUACAAAGGGCAUGACCGUCUUGAAGAGGCUUGAACCGUCGCUCGGUAGCGCGGUACCCGUACAUCGCGGCGAGAAGGUCAUCGAGGGGUUCAGCGCAGGCGAACUCGCAGGCAUCCUCAGCUCCUACGACCUUCGGAAGACCUGGGACGACCGCUUCGCCGGAGCCGAAGUCCUUCAAGCCUUCGGAGCCGGAGCACACACCGCCUUCGUCACCGCGCGCGCCGCCUUCCCCUUCCGCGACCGCGGCUUCCUCCUCGGCACACUCGUAGCAGCCGACGCAGACGCCAACAGCGAGCGCCCGCCCCUCUUCAUCGUAUCCGCAAGCUGCCACCCCGACGCCCUCCCCGGCUUCCUCCCCACGAAAUACAAUCCCUACAACCUCCCGCUCGGCCGCAUGCUCGUCGACGCCUGGGUCCUCGAAACGCUCGACCCCUACGGGCCCGAGAACUACGCCAUCCCCUCCACGCGCGUCACGCGCUUCGCCGCCGCCGAUCUCGCGGGGAGCAUACCCGCGGCCGUAAACUCCUUGCACGUCGCCGCGCUCGCACGACAACCCUUAUCUCUCGAGACCGCAGCAAGGGUGCUUGUGGCGCCGCCGCCUGUGUCGCGAUGGCCGGCGGCGUGCGUGGCGUUCGUUGAUCGGAGACUGGAGGCGCCUGCGCAGGCGCUUGCGAGCUGGAGCGUGAGGAGGAGGGAUAAUGAGCGGGUGUUGGUGGGGGAGAAGUAUGUCAAGGGCGAUAAGACGUAUGAUGCGGUUUUCUUGCUCAGUUUGCCGGGGGAUGGCGUGAGUGCAGGAUCAAGGAAUAAGUCGCCUGAUCCGAGUAGGCGCGCGCCGGUUGUUGAGGCGAAGGAGAAGGAGGAUGAGGAUGGGCCGCCUACUGCGAGGCCUGUUAUGGGACGACAACAUAGCGCGAGCGUGUCGAGCGUUAUGAGCGGUGGAGGGCGACAUUCGCGGUCGUCGACGGGUCCGGGCGAGAGGACGUUGCGCGCUGUGGCGAGUACGAGCGCCUUUACGAGGAGCGGGGAGGUGAAGACGCAGAGCGAUAUGCUUGUUGCGGAGGUCGUCGUUGAUGCGAGGUUGUAUCCCGAGGGAUACGAGAUUGUGUUGAGGUCACGGGUGCUUGCUUCUAAGGACAAUGGAAAGGGGAAAGGCAAGGCGGUUGAGCAGGAGAUCAUCGCGCUCGGUGAAGUGAUUGGUGCGGACGACCGCGCGCUGCCGCUCGCAUACGCUGUGCAUACACUACCGGAGACUCCACUUCACGCAGCGGGUGCACCUCGUCACCUCGUCCGCCUAUCACUUCCUACCGCAGGAUUCUCGGCGCAGAUCGGUACAGUGACGGAUCCGUUAACUGGAGAGACGCGCGCUCCUGCGCCAAUGCCGAAGUGGGCGGAGGAAAUGCGGGAUCGGGGCGCUAUUGUGAAGGUAGAGGUUCGGCCGAAGAGUGAUGGAGAGAAAGGGAAGGAAGGCGAUGUUUGGGUGGACGGGACGAAAGUAGGUGUUGUGGGCGAGAAGGAGAGUUUGACAAAGUUGGGGAGGGAGGAGCUGCUUGACGAGCGUGCGGGGAAGAUGACGGUCUUUACGAGGCAUUCAAGCGAAGAGGAGGAGCUGCCCCGAACGCUCCUCGUCCCGCUCGCGCAUACAAUCUCGAUGCGUGAUCCCGAAGCGGAUGUCCGGCCCGCUUCCGCCGAGGAUAUAGCGACCGAAGGCGAGGAAGCAGGCAGCGUUCUCGAGGACGGUAGUGAGGCUAAGGAAGGAUCGACCGAAGACACGCCGCCUGCGCCGCACCCACCUCCAGCACGCACGCAAAGCGGGCUGUUUGGCUUCCUGGGUGCAUAUCCCAAUAUGCUUACACGCGUAAAGUCAAAGUCAACGCUGUCGUUCACCACGGCCACGCCGGGGACUGCCACGCCCUCGUCUUCGUCUUCGCAUCUACCGCUCGCUCCCCCGCCAGCUCCGCUGCCGCUGUUGCAGAGGAGAUACGAGUUCAAGACUGUAUUGCUCGUCGCGCUGCUCGCGUUCUUGAUCGGAAGUCUGUUGAGGAGCCUGAUCAGCCCUGCAGACUUUGUGUAUGAUGUUGGUGUGGAAGAAGAUGGGAGGCGAGAAGAAGGAUGGCGGGAGAUUAAACGCCUGUUCGAACUCAAGGGCGUCGUUGGCGGAUGGGACUUUCAGGUCGCUGUCAUCCGAAGGCAUUAA